UCAGUGCCCUUUCUUCAGAGAUGGAGCGGCUGGAGUCAACUUUUAAAAAGAAGGAGUGUAAGGAUGGCUGGAUACAGUUUGAGAACUCCUGCUACUACAUCAGCAAAUCCAAAUUUGAAUGGACAGCAGCCAGGACCAUGUGCCAAGGAAAAGAAAGUGACUUGAUUGUAAUUAAUAGCGACAAAGAACAGGUUUUUUUUGCUGGUAAAAUAAAUCCAUCCUCGUUCAAGCGUUACUGGCUUGGUCUGCACGACACCCACAAGGAAGGAUUGUGGAAAUGGGUGGACGGCACAAACUACUGGACGUCUUACAAGGCCUGGACCAAAGGGGAGCCAAAUGAUAAUGCCGGCGAGGAAGACUGCGCACUGAUGUGGACCAAUGGAGAAUGGAAUGAUGUUCCGUGCACCUAUGAUAACAGUUAUGCAAUUUGUGAACAGCCGCUCUGAGCUUUUAGCA